GUCAGGAAUAAAGCGAACAUCAACAUUAAAAACAGUCGUCAAUUUAUAACAUAUUAAUCAUUUAAACGAUCGCAUAGUUCGCGUUUGACCUGCAGCCAUGCCUGGAAUCGAUAAACUACCGAUAGAGGAAACUCUGGAGGACAGUCCGCAGACUCGUUCUCUGCUGGGUGUGUUUGAAGAAGAUGCAGCAGCGAUUUCCAGUUAUUUCAAUCAGCUUUUCAAAGCCAUGCAGAGGAUCUACGACGCCCAGAAUGAACUGAGCGCUGCCACACAUCUGACAUCGAAACUACUGAAAGACUACGAGAAGCAGCGUUUUCCUUUAGGUGGCGACGACGAGGUGAUGAGCUCCACUUUGCAGCAGUUUGCUAAAGUUAUCGACGAGCUCAGCUCCUGUCACGCGGUUCUCUCCACGCAACUCGCAGAUGCCAUGAUGUUCCCCAUCACACAGUUUCAGGAGAGAGACCUGAGAGAAAUUCUCAUCCUGAAGGAAGUGUUUCAGCUCGCAAGUGAUGAUCACGAUGCUGCCGUACACAGAUACAGUCGUCUGUCGAAGCGGAAGGAGAAUGAGAAGGUGAAGAAUGAAGUGAUGGAGGAUGUUUACACGUCCAGAAAGAAGCAGCACGAGACCACAAUGCACUACUUUGCGUCUCUCAAUAUGCUGCAAUAUAAGAAGAAGAUCGCUCUGCUGGAGCCGCUACUGGGAUAUAUGCAGGCGCAGAUCAGUUUCUUCAAACUGGGAUCUGAGAAUCUGACGCAGCAGUGGGAGGAUUUCCUUACUAAUAUUGGCACCAGCGUGCAGAACGUUCGCAGGGAAAUGGACAGCGAUGCGGAAGCGAUGGAGCAGACGAUUCAGGACUUGAAAGAAGCCAGUGACCCACUCUACAUGCCCGACCCAGACCCCAACAGGAUCCCUGUCAACCGCAAUCUGACACGCAAAGCCGGAUACCUCAACACUCGCAAUAAAACGGGCCUGGUGUCGUCCAGCUGGGAGCGUCAGUACUUCUUCACGCAGGGAGGAAACCUGAUGAGCCAGAGCAGAGGAGCCGUGGCUGGAGGACUCGUCAUGGACAUCGACAACUGCUCCGUCAUGGCCGUGGACUGUGAGGACCGGCGCUUCUGCUUUCAGAUCACUGCCUUCGAUGGAAAGAAAGCUGCAGUAUUACAGGCGGACAGCAGGAAAGACUGUGAGGAGUGGAUUGCAACAAUAAACAACAUCUCCAAGAGGAUAUACCUCAGUGAAAACCCAGAGGAGAUCGCAGCCAGAGUGAAUCAAUCCGCACUGGAGGCAGUGACUCCUUCACCGUCUUUCCAGCAGAGACACGAGAGCUUCAGACCAAACACGCAGGGUAAAGUGAAAGCGUCCCGUUCAGGCAGUCAGUGCUCUGUGGGCUCCGAGUCUCCAGCUCUGUCAUCUCUGUCUCUGGAUUCACUGGUUGCUCCUGAUACUCCCAUACAAUUCGACAUCAUUUCCCCCGUCAGCGAGGAGCACACAAGUCAGACGAAAAGCAGUGCACAGGGCAGAAGGACAAACCCAUUCGGGGAAUCUGGAGGAUCACAAUCUGAAGAAAGUGAAGACUCGAUCCUGCAUCAGUUGUUCAUCGUGCGCUUUCUGGGCUCUAUGGAGGUGAAGGCCACAGAGAGCUCAGACGUCAUUUAUGAGACCAUGAGGCAGAUCCUGGCCGCUCGAGCCAUUCAUAACAUCUUCAGGAUGACCGAAUCACACCUGCUGGUCACCUGCGAAUGUCUGAAGCUCAUUGACCCACAGACGCAAGUCACCAGAUUACGGUUUCCGCUCUCCAGUGUGGUUCUGUGUGCGUCGCAUCAGGAGAACAAGCGUUUGUUUGGUUUUGUGCUGCAGACAGCAGGAGGACGAGCAGACGGACAGCCUGUUACCGUCUGCUACAUCUUUGAGUCAAACAAUGAUGGAGAGAAGAUCUGUGACAGUAUAGGCCUGGCCAAGCAGAUCGCCCUCCACUCUGAGAUGGACCGCAAAGCCUCACAGAAACAGAGAGAGCUGGACAAAGCCAAGGAGAAACAGCAGGAAGAACUCCAUAAACAAAAACAAAUCGAGAAGGAUCUGGAGGAACAGAGUCGUCUGAUUGCCGCCUCUAGUCGACCAAACCAACCAGCAGCUGACGGACAGUUCUUGGUCCUAAGCAACAGCCAAUCAGAGGACAGCGACGUAGGAGAGGAGGGGCUGAAAAAGGGUGAAUCAGAAGCCUGAUAAAAACCCAUCUGGGAUUCAGUGAAUAUCACUUCCUUUUUUUUCUCCAAUGUGGCCUGCAGGAGCAACAAUACGUGACUGCAAAAAAUACGAUAAAAAACAAAUCAUGUGGGACAUUUUGGGGAAUUAUUUGUAAGAAGCCUGUAUUUUAUACCGUAUCCGUUAUUAUUGAACUUCAUUUGUUUUUAGAGGGUUUUAUAUAUGUAUGGAUGUGUGUGUCCAGGAAUCCACUACCAUGUUGCUUUAUUUCCAUGAAGUUGCACGUGUGAAUAACAGAUUUGUAAUUAAUACUGUACGUCAGGCUUAAUUCGUUCACUAAUAAUGCUCUAAGACUGUAUAUUCAAAGUGAAUUUCACUAAAGGUAACAUUUUGAUUUAAAUAAAUGUUCAAAAUCUGAUUAGACGAAAUGCUAAAUAUAUUUUCUGAUUUCAUUCAGAAAUAAGAGCCAUUCUGGAAAGGUUACGCGAAGUUCAUUUUGUAAAAGGAUUUAAUAAGGUUAUAUUUUGUCGUCACCGUUAUCAUGGUUAUUUUCUAGUCUAUAAGCUGUCUACAAACCUGCAACUUUUUGACUCAUCCUACAGUGUCAGAGAUCUCUGUUAAUGAACAGUUUCUGUAUUUUGUGAUUCACUUUAGGUUUAUUUACCGUGGUGAAUGGCAUUAUGGGAUGCUUAUCUCUGCUCUGUUGACUUUUGAUGUUGAAAAUUCAACUCUACAGUUUACCACAGUGACUUUUGUUGACAUUGUAGUCGUUUGAAAUAAUAUAAUAUAUAAGAAAUAAGCGUAUAAAACAACAGACAAUGUGCUGCAGUUUAUAACAAGGUUUUGGUAGCGGAAUAUACAACACCAACCCAGACAAUAUGGCACUGCAAACUAUUACAAAUGUGCAUAAAAGUCACUUUGUCCAGCUUUUGUAGGGUAAAAUUUGUUGAAAGAAAGAUUGAGAUCCCAUAAUGCAAUUCAAAAGCGUAAAUUAAUAGAAAAUAUAAACAUAAAUCAAAAAUAACUGCUAAUUUACUGAUAUUUACAGUGUUUCUAUAUGAACAUUACUUCUUGUCUAAAAUCAUGUGAUCAAAUGGCUUUAGACUUUAUUUGUAUAACACAGAUAUAUAAGACUGCAUUGUUUACAUUUGCACAUAUUGGCUCAGUAUAUUGAAAAAUGCUUCAGUUGCGAAUACAAGAAACUAUGGAGCCAGACCAGUCUCAGAAAUAAUACAGCCACAAUUACAAAAUCCAGUUCGUAAGUUGAAAACGCGAUUCAAAAAUAUACAAAUCCAAUUCGUGAAUUAAAAACGCAAUUUGUAAAUACACAAAUCCAAUUCGUAAUAUCAAAAUGCGAUUUAUAAAUACACAAAUCCAAUUCGUAAGUUAAAAACACCAUUCAUAAUUAUGUAAAUUCAAUUCGUAAGUUCAAAACGUGAUUCAAAAAUACACAAAUCCAAUUCUUAACUUAAAAACACAAUUUUUAAAUACACAAAUCCAAUUCGUAAGUUAAAAACACCAUUCAUAAAUAUGUAAAUCCAAUUCGUAACUUCAAAAUGCGAUUCAUAAAUAGACAAAUCCAUUUUGUAAAUUCAAAACACAAUAAA